UGUAAUUUAAUUUUUACUUUGCUUCACUGCCAAUUAUGACGGGGCUCGCACGAUUAAAAAUUGAUUCCGCUAAAUCUCUUGUGAUGCUUAAUUCCUUUGUUGCUUUUUCCUCCAGGUAUUUUUUUUUUUCCAUUAAGAACGUAGGGGGUAUCUUACGCUUAGUUUAUUGGUGUAUCUUAACCUCGAGGUAUCAUCGUUACGUUGGUGUGUUGCUUGUUUACACAUCCAAGGCUCGGUACCUGAGACAACAGUGGAGUAGUUAAAAAGAGGAGCAGCAGUCGCUCAUCGAUUAUACUACGUUACGCAUCUCUCACAAAAUUACAAUUAACCUUAUCGACACAUU